GCCCGAGAAAGAAAAGAGUUUGGGCCAUGCCCAUAUGGACCGACCCAAUCAACGCCACCUCAUCACCUAGAGCUUUACAACCUAAAGAACAGAUGGAAAAAAGGAAAGAAAGAAUCGAACAGAGAGCAGAGCAAGAAGUCGUAGCAGCAAUUCAACCAAUUAAGGGAGGGUGAAUGAGGAGGACGGUCGACACACACCAUCAACACACAUCGCCCCGGCAGACGAACAGCUCCGAGGUUAUGGUAGGGCUAUCUUUUGGAGAAAAGAACUUCAUUAGAGAUGGUAUUGGUCUGGAUCUGCGAACAGAUGGUAGGAAGCAGUUAGCUUAUCGGCGCAUUUAUGUUGAAACGGGUGUCAUCCCUCAGGCAAGUGGUUCGGCAAGAGUCAAGAUUGGUGCAACAGAUGUCAUUGUCAGUGUCAAGGCUGAACUUGGAAAACCAAGUUCACGUCACCCCGACAAGGGAAAAGUUUCCAUUUUUGUAGAUUGCAGUCCCACGGCAGAUCCAAUGUUUGAGGGAAGAGGCGGCGAUGAGUUGGGUGCAGAACUGUCAAUGACCCUUCAACGAUGCCUGCUUGGUGGAAAAAAUGGGGAAGGGGCUGCUAUUGAUCUUUCUUCUCUCUCAGUUGUGCAAGGAAAAGUUUGUUGGGAUCUAUACAUAGAUGGCCUGGUGGUUGAUUCAGAUGGGAAUAUACUCGAUGCCCUUGGUGCUGCGAUUAAGGCUGCCUUGAGUAAUACAUGUAUUCCAAGUGUCCAUGUGUCUGCUGAUGCUUCGUCAAAUGAGCAACCAGAAGUUGAUGUGAGCGAUGAAGAUUUUGUUCAAUUUGACACCAGUAAUGUCCCUGUCAUAGUCACUUUGACAAAGGUCGGGAGGCACUGUAUUGUAGAUGCCACUACUGAAGAGGAGUCCCAAAUGAGCUCAGCCGUGUCCAUUUCGGUCAACAGGAAAGGUCAUAUAUGUGGUUUGAGUAAACGAGGUGGUGUGGCAUUAGACCCCGCUGUCAUAUUUGACAUGAUAAACAAAGCACGGGUCGUGGGCGAUGAGUUGGCCAACACAUUGGAUUCAUUGAUAGCCGCAGCUGAAGCUCGCGAGGAAGAGGAAAAUGAGCCUUGACCUUUGUGGUUACUAAAGAGUGCAAACUUAUCUUCAGUUCUCUCAUUUUUGUCAUUGGUAUUAUUUGAACUGCCUUUUUUUGUCUCCCUAUGUUGAUACUUAUUGUAGCUCCUUAAAUCUUGUAUUUAUCGUACCUAUUAUGUCAUGUAAGGAUUUUAAGGUAUUUUCAUUGGUUAUAAAAGGUUUUGUUGUUU